AUUAAAGUUGAAGCAGAGGCACUUGUGAGCAAUUUGUGAAUAAAAACAGCGACGCACGCAGUUUCCUAGUUGCUACAAACUGAUACGAACACGUUAUUAUUUAUAUACUUUGAACCAAUCAAGCCUUUCUAUCUGCGAGGAUGGUGUGUUUCUGUUUUCUGGUGGACCAGAGGAAGGAGGUGCGGCGGAGCAAGCCAGCAGCGGGGACGUGCUCGCGGUGCGGUGGAGGAGCCAGCGUGGCUGACAUGAAGACGGCCACCAGGUUCUGCUUUGUUCCCUUCUACUGCAAAUCUUGGAGGGCCAUUGUCUGCACUUUCUGCGGUGCUGUUCUUCGUUCUUAUCAUCACUGAUGACCAUCUUUCUCAUCAAAACUACAAACACAUACAUACAUACAUACAU